AUGAAGGCGACAAUAGCGACUGAACGUCACAGACUGGCGCGACGCAAUUGUCCGCGCCGAUUCGUAGAUGGACGCGGACUCGAUAAGACCUGGCAAGCAGAUCUCGUUGACAUAACCGCAUAUAGCUCGCACAACAAGGGCUACAAAUACCUGCUUACAAUCAUCGACAUAUUUUCCAAGUACGCGUGUGCGGUGCCGAUAAAGUCCAAGAGUGGGAAAGAUGUAACUACCGCCAUGAAAUUUGUACUAACACAGAACCGCAUCCCAAAGCAUUUACACGUCGAUCAGGGCAGAGAAUUUAAUAUCAACAUGUAUUCGACAUUUAGCAAUUUAAGGGCGUCUAUAUGCGACAUCGCACUGAAGCCGGUGGAUGUCAGCACAGUCAACGAAAAACAACUAUAUCGAAGCAUUUACAAGCCCCGCCAAAUCAAGCGGAGUAAUCGGAAGCGGAAAUUCAAAGUUGGCGAUCGAGCCCGGAUCAGCAAGUACAAAAAUGUAUUCGAAAAAGGCUAUGCACCCAACUGGACAUCGGAAAUAUUCACCGUGAGCGAGGUGAAAAAUACCAAUCCCCCGACGUACAAACUUACCGAUUAUCAAGAUCAAUCCAUCGAAGAAGGCUUCUAUGAGGAAGAACUCAAUUAA